GAAAGGAGGGGUCGGGGGGGUGGGAAGCGGCUCACUUGACGACGGCCUGUCCGGACUCGACUCGACUCGAGCGAGCAUCGUCGCCCCAUCUUGUCGCAGCGGACAAGCCCCGACGUGAGGCCGCAAAUAGAAAAGAAAAGCGGCCAAGUUAGCGAAGCGCUUUGGAGAAAUUCCGCCAAUCGACAUCGACGUCGACGUGCCGCUGAGGAUUUCCGUUGUUUGCAACGCGACCCCACUGCGACAUUCUUCCGAGACCAGACCAGACCAGACGAGAGGAGAGAUCGGCUCGGCUCGAAACCAAAACUGAGAUGUUUGCCGCCGCUCAACCGAGAUAGCCACUCAGCGAGCACGGCGUCGUCGGACGGAGGAAUGAGCCGCUGACAGCCUGCCCCCCUCCCACGGAAAAGGCAUGUCCGCCGGACUGGAGUUUGCGCUGGCGGCGUGGCUGGUGGCCUUCGGCGCCGCCGCCUCGGGAGACGGGAGCGGCGCCCACGGCGGCGGCUCCGUCCCGGCCGCGCUGGCCGCCGCCAGCCAGCUGAUCGCCCGCGAGGGAAGCUGCGUGCUGAUCGACUGCAACGUGAGCGGCGACCCCUUCCCCAGCGUCAAGUGGUUCAACUCCCACGGCGACCUCGUCGACACGGACGGCAGUGGCGGCGGCAAGUGGUGGCUGCUGGAGAGCGGCGUCCUCAACAUCACGGGCGUGGAAUUCGCCGACCGCGGCAAGUACACCUGCGUGGCGUCCAACGCGCACGGCGCCUCCAACUGCACGGUGACGCUGCGCGUGGUCUUCACCAAGGGCGACAUGGGCGUCUACUACAUGGUGGUGUGCCUGGUGACCUUCACCAUCAUCAUGGCGCUCAACGUGACGCGCCUGUGCAUGAUGAGCAGCCACCUGAAGAAGACGGAGAAGGCCAUCAACGAGUUCUUCCGCACCGAGGGCGCCGAGAAGCUGCAGAAGGCCUUUGAGAUCGCCAAGCGCAUCCCCAUCAUCACCUCCACCAAGACGCUGGAGCUGGCCAAGGUCACGCAGUUCAAGACCAUGGAGCUGGCGCGCUACAUCGAGGAGCUGGCGCGCAGCAUCCCGCUGCCGCCGCUCAUCAUGAACUGCCGCACCUUCGUGGAGGAGAUCCUGGAGGUGGUGGGCGUGGAGGAGAUGCGGCACACCUUCCUCCGGCAGGUGCCCGAGGGCUGGCGCCCGGGCCCCGGGGACGCGCUGGCCCUCCUGCGCGAGCCCGGACGCCAGCCCGAGCGCGGCCGCUCGCCCGCCGCCGACUCGGACGACUCGUCGCUCCGCGAGCAGCCGCGGCACAUCGCCAUCCAGGUGUCGGUGCACCCGCCGCUGGAGCCGCCGCCCGCCCCGCCCCUCGACGACCACGCGCGAGGGAGUCCGGCCGACGAGACCGCCGCCGCCGCCAAGAGCCCGCCGCCCUGUCAGGUUUUCUAUGAGAGUCACGUGUGACCAGGGAGAUGACUCACCCCUUCCCC